GCGCGCGGGUCACUUCCUUCCUCUGCCGGGAUGGGCGGCGCGGGACUGAGUGAGCAGCCUGGCGGCCGGCGGGUAAUCCGCAUCUGACCUGCAGCCGCGGAGCUGCCGACUGCCGGGGCACGGAGCCUGGGGUGCGGGCGGCGCGGCGAUGACCUGAUCCGGUGCCCCGGAGCCCCCUCCUCGCUCGCAGGCUCCUGGGAGCCGGUGCGGACACCCGCUCGCUCACGCGGCGGCCCCGGGGGGACCAUGGUGGGGAGCUCCAGCUAAAGGCGUGUGGGCGCCCGGCUGGGGACGACACCUUCGGCAUCGUUGCCUUCCGAGGGGCUUAUUUAAACUACUGAGUCAUUCCAGAUUUAGGAUUCCCUAAAUAAUCACCAACUGUGCCCGUCUCGUGCCGGAAAGCAGGCGGGAAGGGAAGGAGCGCCAGUGCCGGGACCCCGCGGGUGGCCUCUGGCGGGCUGCUCCCGUGGGUGCUCGGCCCUCGAGGAUCUCCCUCCCUCCCGCGCUCCCUCCCCUCCCCGGCCUCCCGCUCUCUUUGCAGUGCUGCUGGAAGAGAGGCGCUCUCACCGCAGCUGGCCACAGCUGCCCCCACCUCGCCCCUGCCCCGGCCCGGGCUAACCACUUGGCGCUCGGGCGGCCCCGGAGAACCGCAGCCCGAGCGAUGCAUUCCGUAGACCUCACCCCGCCGGGACGGACCUCCUAGUCUCCUGAACCGCGGGCCACAGGGAGUUAAAUUGCUGCCUUCCUCUCCUCUGUCGCGGUUGGUGGUUCGUUUUCUAAAGGAACGUUUUAUUCACUUUUUAGUAUUAUUAUUAUUUUUUUAACUGGGGGCACGCUCCUCGCCUCGGUCCAGACUCUGCUUUGUAAACGGGUUUUUCUAUGUCUGUGUAUGUAGAUAUACUUUGGACACCUUACGACGCUUGCGUCUCUCCAACGGGGGCACGGCUUGUUAUUUGGGAUAUCUUUUUCCCCCUUUCACUUGGUACCCUGAACGCAGUGUGACCAAACUCCCCACUGCCCCUCGGACGUGGAUCGCCUUGGGGUGCAAGUUUGGGGUACAUACGUCUACUUCGCCGGAAGGCCUGGGACCGCCCCGCCCCCGCCGCCAGCGGUUGGGGAAGUUUACAUCUGGAUUUUCACACAUUUUGUUGCCACUGCCCAGACUCUGACUAACCUUGUGGGCGCCAGGUUUUCGGUACUGCAACCUCCUCAAAUAUUAGCACUGCCUCCCCGCGUCUGCCCCAUCCCUCCAGGCCACUGAGGUCCUGCCCUGACCCCGGCGACGCAGCGGGCUGGGGGCCCGCUCUGAGCAGCUAUGGCUGCAGCGAUAGCCAGCUCCUUGAUCCGGCAGAAGCGGCAGGCGAGGGAGUCCAACAGCGACCGGGUGUCGGCCUCCAAGCGCCGCUCCAGCCCCAGCAAAGACGGGCGCUCCCUGUGCGAGAGGCACGUCCUCGGGGUGUUCAGCAAAGUGCGCUUCUGCAGCGGCCGCAAGAGGCCAGUGAGGCGGAGACCAGAACCCCAGCUGAAAGGAAUUGUGACAAGGUUAUUCAGUCAGCAGGGAUAUUUCCUGCAGAUGCAUCCAGAUGGUACCAUUGACGGGACCAAGGAUGAAAACAGCGACUACACCCUUUUCAACCUAAUUCCUGUGGGACUGCGUGUGGUGGCCAUCCAAGGAGUGAAAGCCAGCCUCUAUGUGGCCAUGAAUGGGGAAGGCUAUCUCUACAGCUCAGAUGUUUUUACCCCAGAAUGCAAAUUUAAGGAGUCUGUGUUUGAAAACUACUACGUGAUCUAUUCUUCGACACUGUAUCGCCAGCAGGAAUCAGGCCGAGCAUGGUUUUUAGGACUCAAUAAAGAAGGUCAAAUCAUGAAGGGGAACAGAGUGAAAAAAACCAAGCCUUCAUCUCAUUUUGUACCAAAACCUAUCGAAGUGUGUAUGUACAGAGAACCAUCCCUACAUGAAAUUGGAGAAAAGCAAGGACGUUCGAGGAAGAGUUCUGGAACACCUACCAUGAAUGGAGGCAAAGUCGUGAAUCAGGAUUCAACAUAGCUGAAAACUCCUCUCUUCUUCCCUCUCAUCCUCCCCUUCCCCUUCUCCUCCCUCCCCUUUCCCCACUUUUUCCAAUAAAUCUGCCCAAGGAGAGAGAAAAUUAAAAUAAAAUGGCAACACAGGACUUAGUAGCUAAGAUUCUGCACUCAAAAUCUUCCUUUGUGUAAGACAAGAAAAUUGAACCAAAGCUUGCCUGUUGCAAUGUGGUAGAAAUUCACAUGCAGAAUUAUCACAUAUAAAUGCAAAGGAAAAAUAAACCAGGACUCCACAAACAUUAAAUUUAACUGUGUUGUUAUUAAUAGAGGGCUGAAUGUUAACAAGAGAUGACUAUGAUAAAGAUGAAACAUGGUUGUUGGAUGAUGGAAGGGAUUUUCAGAAAAUCAAAAAUUGUUGUUGGACUCUAAAUUCCUUAAGUUCUUGAGAACUCUGUGAUGUAUGGCUUUGUUUCAUCUUUGUGUUUUCUUUAGACAUCUGUAAAAGAUACGCAGUUACAUCCUGUUUGCAGGUUAUUCUUUUGAUCAUGAAAUUAAACUAGUCAAAUUUACUUUUCUAAUGCCUAUCAGAUAUAUAGCAGAAACCAUUAAACAUGAAGAAAAGUUUUAAAAGUUAUUCUUGAUGUUGAAAAGAUUUUUAUGUAAAAGAUUAGGCUUGUGUUGAGUUUAAUGGUGUUAGCUGCUUUCCAUUUCUCCUAGGAGAAUGCUUUAUUUUUAACUAGGUAUUGAUCCAUGGUUUCUUUUUCUCUUAGACAUUUAGUGAAAAAGGUCUUAUUGCAUUGCUGAGGAGACUUUUGGGGAACCCUCUGUCAUUGUCGUAUUCAGGUGAUCAGGUCAUGAGGGAUAAGUGACUUUUCCCAUUUGAUCUUUAUUUUGAUUUGUGGACAUCUUUGAGAGUAUAGGUGAGUGUCUAGCUGUCUUGGGAGGUUUUGAACCAUAUCUUGCAGCAAGAGAGGAUGAUGGAUUUUGCAUGAGGAAAUAAGUCAGAGACCAGAUCAAAGCAAAUUUAAAUCCUUUUUACAUUGCCAGUUUUGUGUGCAGAACAUUUUCCUAACUCUAUGAGAACUUGGGAGGCAUGGCUGUGAAAUUCCUAACUUACCCAUCCUGUGAAGACAGUGGCUUGUUUGUUGAUAUUUAUUCACAUUUAUAAAUCUAGUUGACAAUUUUGUCUUCUAGAACACAGAAGGUCACUAAGUAUAGGUGGACUUUUCAAGAGACAGAGAAAAAACAUGGAAUUAACAGCUAUGAUUCAAAUAGACAAGGUUUUGAGGGUAGUUGAAAGUAAUGAAAAAGAACUCAGUGUAAGAGCAACCAAACACACUGUUAAGAAUACUAAAAGUACUAGAAAAUAUUAGCAAAGACAUGGAGUUAAACCACUGCAUUCAAAUAAGUAGAUCUGCUUAGCCCUACAAAUCAGGAAUGGUAUAGAACACAAAUUUAAACAAAACAAACCUGAUUGUUCAAAUGUAUGCAGAUUUAUGGAUAUUAUUAAUGAGAAGACUUAGCAUGUAACUUCUCCUAUAUCUUUACUGUCCAGCAUGUAUUAUCCCAACUAUGACUCCCUAAAAUAUAUACACUCUGCAGAAGAUUUAGGCCCUCACCUCAAACCUUGCACAUUGGUUGCUAUAUUCUUUCAAGGUCAAUGUAGUGUCCCUCACUCUACACAAUCAUUAUUCCUCAAUGUGAUUCUUGUCCUUUAUCAAGCACUGUAUUUAUGUUCUCUGGAAGGUAUCAGAUAAUGAAAUGGAGGAGUUUGCCUAUAAAACUAGCAAGAAUAAAUGUUAUGCAUAGAGGCAAGACUUUUGAACACAUUUUAAACUAGAAUAUAUGGAAAGUAACAAAUACAUUUAGUUUUUAUAAAAGGAGUGUUGUUCUUUUAGGAAAAGAAUAACCAUGUGAAGAUACAAAUCUGGAUGUAUAUUCAUUGUCACUGUUGAUCCAACUUAAUUACAAAUACACCUGUCACUUCAAGGACCAAACAAAUCCCAAGCACAAAGCCUUACUUUAUUUAAAAAAAUAAAAAAGAGGCUUCAACAAAAUGGGACAUGGGCUCCUUUAGCAUGAAAUGACAGGAUCGUUUGUGGUGAUAUGUUUACUCAACCAUAACGUAGCUAAGGGUCUCACAGGAAACACAAUUGACUGAUUUACAGUCACCCAUCUCACUGAAGAUUUCAUGACAGAAGAUACUUAAUCCAGUUACUUAUGAAAAAUAUAAUACUGUGAUGAAUCUCUAAUAAAAACCCUUCUCUAUUUUCAGUGCUUGUCCAUUAUUCAUCGUCCAGACUCACAGUUGUCCUCACACUGACAACAGUUAAGAAGGAGCUUUCUGAUCACCCAAUUUAUGUAUUGUUUGCUCUCCACAUCCUGCUAAGCAAAUAUUUAUUGCACCAACUAUUUUGGAAAUUAGCUUUUAAAAAUAUUACAGCUGAUUUCAGAGAAUGAAUCGGAAGCUUCACAUUAAUUUCAUGCUUAAACUGACAAAUACUGUGGUUUAGUGCAUAGGGUAAACGUUUGUUUAACAUCUCACUACUUUUUAAUUACAUUAAAAUCACUAAUAGAGUCAGUAUUCACUGUCUUCAGUUUCAAACUAUAUUAAGAAAUAUAAACAUGUAAUCAUGCUCUGUCCUUCAAAGACAUGAAUGAGUUUUAACGGCUGUUGUUCAGUUGUGUUUCAAGUAUAACAACUUUUCAUUGUGGUUUCAUUAUCCUACUUUCUAGGUUCAACUCAUCUAUCACCUGUUCUUCUUUAAAUACAAUAUGGGUUUUGUUUUUCUUUUUUUCCAAAAAAAUACAAGAGGGUAUUCCCAGGAAAGGCCUCUAGCAAAGGGUUGCUGGAGUCCUUAUGUUUUAAAUUAUAGGCAUGAUAUGAUAGUGAAAACAAAAGUUUGGUGAGUCUCACAAAAUUGCUUCCUGGUCAACAUUCUGUACUUGAAAUUCCAGAUAGACAAAGGUGCAGGAACAACUGGUACUGAGGUUCCACCUGCUAAUUUAGAGACUUAAUGCUUCAGGAAACUGCAACCCAGAAGCCAUUCUCUUCUUGAUCAUAUGAUGGGUUUGACUUUGAAUUGUACACAUGAAGUUCAUAAGACAUUUUUAGCUAUUAUGGAUUGCCACAAUAGCUAGACAUCAGUGUAGCACAAUGUGAUUUUUUUCAUGAGCCUCCUUCUAAUUCAGAAAACGUGUAUAGAAGAAUUCCCAAACUUAAGAAGAUGAUAAUAGCUGCAAGGUAUUAUUUCCAAGUUGGUGAUCCUGCUGUGCCACAAGGAAGAGUUAGAGGAUCAAAAUGAGUAAAGGAUGGAGGAUAGCUUGAUUGUUGUGUAUUAGAAAGCUUUUAGGUCUCAGUCUGGAACCACUGGCUAAAAUAAAUUAUAUCUACAACAGAGAUUAUUUAUGUUUUAACAUACUGACCCAGAAGUAGAAAAUCUACCCUUGCACCCUAUGGGUUAAACUUUAGGGCCUUGCUCUUCAGAAGGUUUUCCAUGAUGUUGUUUAAUUUUAUCUACACAAGGUGAGACACAGUCAGACAUCAAAUUUCCCUACUCAUUUUAAUACCAUUAAAGGCUGAGGUAUUACUCUGUGAUAAGAUUGUAAAUAACAUUUUUUAAGUCAGAAUCACAUUUAAAACUGUGGACUGUUCUACAAAUAUAUAUGUGUAUAUGUAUAUGCUUCUGAAAUGAGGAUAUAUUAUAUAAAGUUUUUAUUUGAUCUGUGAACUUUAGUUAGGUAAUCAAAAAUAAAGAGAUUUGAAUGCAAAACUUUAUAUAUAAAUGUAUAUUUCUAAUGAUAGUACAAAUUGCCACUUUAUAAUAAAAAAGAAAAAGGUGGGAACAAGCCAAAAGCACAUGCUCCUUCAGAACACUGGGGACUUUUAUUCCCCUUUCUGAUGCAGGCAUAAUUUUUUAAUGCUUAAAAAGCUAUCUUAGAAAGCUAUAAUUCCGACACCGAUUUCAUGAUAAGAUUGAAAUUUUAUGGUUGAGAGAUAGGGAAAGGAAGCGAAAUGCCGAUCUUGAUUUAUUGAGAAUUUCUUUUGGAGCCCAUAUUAAAAAGCCAAUAUUUAAGUCCAAGUUGAGUGAAAAUUACUAAUGUUCAGAGGUGAUCCAUUGAACUUCAAUAACAAACGGAAGCAAAAAUGAGAAUAUUUAGCAUUAGCAUUAAAAUAAUGUAACAAACAUUACAUCAUUAGUUUUACUAUCUGGAAAUGGUGAGCUGUUGUUUCUUCGUCUUUGCUCCAAGCACAAUUUAAUGGCAGUAGCAUUCAUUUGACUCAAAGUUGUUUAAAAAAUCCAAAAUACAUACACAUGAACAGAACUGGUAUUAGCUUCAUCUCAAAGUUAAAUGAUGUAAGAUUAAGAAAUUAUUGAACUAAAAUGUUUAAUAAACAUGUUAAUAUGAGAAACUGAGCAAAUUAAUGAUUCAUUUUUACAUUAAAGCACAGAUUAUUUAAAUCAUUGUUUUUUGAAAUCAGCUUUGUAAAAUGUUUAUACACCACAACCUUCCUUAAAUGAAAAGAAAUUAAACUUGUGAGAUACUCAUAUGUGUAGAAUACUGGCACUCUCUUUAAACAUUAAACUCUUUUGAGAAGUC